AUGGAGCCUGCCUGCUCACAGCUGUAUCCCCAGCUCUGGGCCUACAUGCAGAAGGCGCUCACGAAAAUGCUUGCCGAUGGAAGGAAUAGUAGGGUGCUGGGGCCGUGGAUCCUGAGGCGCAACAUGGCUACCAUGAUAACCACCAGCCAUGCAAGAGAGGCCGGAGGUGGAAUCCCAAAGUGGGUGAAGGGGGAGGAAGAGGAAGAGGAAGAGGAGGCAGCAGUGGGGGUGCUGGUGGAAGAGAAGGGGGAUCCAAACUCCAUCACAGCUUUGCUGCCUCUGAGGAGGAAGGCCCGUGAUGAGGGCCCUGUGGAGGCAGCAGAGGUAGAGCUGGAAUUGCACCCCCUGCAGAACAAGUGGGCUCUGUGGUUCUUUAAGAAUGACUUCAGCCGGGCCUGGCAGGACAAUUUGCAUCUGGUCACCAAGUUUGACACCGUGGAGGACUUCUGGGCGAUGUACAGUCAUAUCCAGCUGGCCAGUAAGCUCUCUUCCGGCUGUGACUACGCUCUGUUCAAGGAUGGCAUCCAGCCCAUGUGGGAAGACAGCAGGAAUAAACGGGGUGGCCGCUGGCUGGUCAGUCUUGCCAAGCACCAGCGCCACAGCAAGCUGGACCUCCUCUGGCUGGAGACACUGCUGUGUCUGAUAGGGGAGAGCUUUGAGGAACACAGCAGGGAGGUGUGUGGGGCUGUCGUCAACAUCCGCACCAAGGGGGACAAGAUCUCGGUGUGGACGCAGGAGGCUGAGAACCAGGCCAGUGUGCUGCACAUUGGGCGUGUCUACAAACAACACCUGGGCCUCUCAGCAAAAGCCAUUAUUGGUUACCAGGCCCAUGCAGAUACAGCCACCAAGAGCACCAGGAACAAGUUUGUGGUGUGA